GGCACGGCCAGAGAGCCGAAGAGCAGAGAGUGUUCUCCUACUCCGGCACCUCCUGCUACUUCGUCUCUUCCUCUCCUACUCUAUACUCCUUGAGGCUAGUAGUCGCGGCAACGGAACUCAGUACAGCCGGAGCAAGCGGCAAACGCGAAGAGAGACGAUCCGAGUAAAAUCGUCGUCGUCGUCGUCGUCGUCGUCGUCGUCGAAGAAGAAAUUGAAAAAGAAUAUAUAUAUGUAUAUACACGACGGAAGACAGAGGAAUGAAAGAGAAUACGUGAAAUUGUUGUUUUGACAAGAAGGAAAGUGCGCCGUGGACUCGACGAGGAAACUGACGACCAAUUGCGCAUGCUGCGAGAACCUCGGAUAAUCGAGAAACGGAGCGAACGAUCUGCCCUCGUCCUCGUGGAACAACAGGUGAGAGAACGCGGUGCUGGUGCUGCUGGUGCUGCUGGUGCUGCUGAUGUUGCUGCUGCUGCAGCCGCCAGUCGCUAAUACAUCUGGACGUGCGCACGGGGUAAAGGAGGAGAAUUAAAAGGAAAAAGGGCCCACCCUGCAGCCACGGCAUGGAGUUGCUACCUCUGGCGUUGGCCGUUCUGACCACUGUCCAGCUCUCGGUCGCCGUUUCCGAGAGUAUAAAAGGAACUCGACAAACCUGCGAGGUGGAGGGCGAAGAAGUCACGGUCGACAAGAUACCAAAUUCAAAAUGUUUUGCGUGCAUCUGCAAGAAUGGGUUCGUGGAAUGCCCCCAGCCAGAAUGCCCGAUUGUUGAGGGCUGUCACAUGCUACUGGAGGCACAAGAUGACGACUGCUGUCGCCGUUGUAAAGGAUGCGUCCACAACGGAAUUCAUCACUCGUCGGGUACCGAAUGGAAGGACCCGAGCGAUCCGUGUAAAAUUUUAACCUGCCGAGCCGGAGUUGUUACGGAAUCCAAGCUGCGAUGCCACACACAGUGUGCCAAACCCACGCCUCCUGCUCCCGGGCAAUGCUGCCCGAUAUGUACAGGAUGUUUGGUAAACGGUCAAAAAGUGCCGCCAGGAAGAGCCGUGACAACGACCGAAGAUCCUUGCCUGACUUGCCGAUGCGAAAAGGGACGACUUAAUUGCGCUAAGCAAGCUUGUCCGGUGCUGAAUUGUCCUCCCUCAGGAAUUUAUACCGAACCAGGAAAUUGUUGUCCUCAGUGCCGAGGGAAAAGAGAGUUUCUCGAACCACCUCGGGGUGGCUGCAUGUUGGGGACUCGUUACCAUGAAUCCGGAAGUCUAUUCAGCCCUGACCAUUGCACGAGGUGUUCAUGUAUGAACGGCACGGUGAUGUGCACCAAGGAAACAUGUCCUGUACUGGAUUGCGCGCCGGAGCAACAAAAAACUCAGCAAGGACGUUGCUGUCCGCAGUGUCCCAUAUUCGAGGACUUCCACAGCUCUUGCAGCUACGGUGGUAGAACUUACGAGGAUGGCGAGACUUGGAAAUUGGAUGUCUGCAAAUCGUGCGUUUGCAUGCAAGGAAAGGUCCGCUGCGCGAUGCACAUGUGCCCUCCACUGACCAUACCUUGUCCACCGAAUUCUAAAUUGGAACACCCGAAGGACCAGUGUUGUCCACGGUGUGUAGAAAGUGACGGUGUUUGCACGGUGUUCGGUGACCCGCACUACCGAACUUUCGACGGAAAGUUUUUCAGCUUCCAAGGUACGUGCAAGUACCAGCUGGCCGCUGAUUGCACCAACCACACGUUCAGCAUUCGAGUAACAAACGACGGUAGAUCGACGAGAUCUUCCGCCUGGACAAAGGCGAUAGCGAUCAAGGUUGCCGAUUUGAAGGUAAAUCUGGGUCAAAAGAUGCGAGUAAAGGUGAACGGUAAGAGGAUCGAAGUGCCAUACCGGCUGGAUAACAGGUUGGACAUAAACAGGACAGCUGACAGUGUUCUGGUAACGACUCAUAUCGGUAUAAAAGUGUUGUGGGAUGGCAUCAGCUUCCUGGAGGUAUCGGCACCGACCACAUACAGAGGCCGUCUCUGCGGUCUAUGUGGUAACUUCAACCAUAUACCAAAAGACGACUUUACUACUCGACGCGGCAAACUUCUCCAAGAUGCGAACCAAUUCGGUAAGUCGUGGAUGGUUGGAGCCAAGAAACUCUGCGCCCGGACACGACAGAAUUAUCCGUUCACCGAGAGAAGGUGUCGAGGCAGAAAAGACCACAGAUUCUGUAACCGGUUACGAUCGGAGGUGUUCUACCAGUGCCAUAGGAAGGUGAACCCGACGAUGUACUACAAGUCUUGUUUGACGGACAUGUGCGAGUGCCCGACGGGUAGAUGCUACUGCGAGUCGUUCACAGCCUAUGCCCACGAGUGUCAGAGGUUAGGGGUCCAGUUGCCUCACUGGCGGGGUCCGAUGAAGUGUCCAAACGCCUGGACAACGGCGGGACUUAAUGCCCUAAGAGGGAGGGAAAUCGCCCCGCGAAAUCUUCACAAUUCGCGCCGUCAAUCGCUGACGAUGCUUCACUGAAGCUACAUUCAUUGUGUGUUCGAAUUUGAAGCACAGAGGGCAUAGUGCUUCGCCAGACAAUUUACUAGUCACUGCUUCAUGUCAAUACGCGUAAAUGAGCACCAACGCAGUAUUUUGGCCGAUUGAGCGGGCUCGCGGCGUCACAUCUACAUCCCAGUGUAUCUCAGCAUAUUAUUAUAUUAUAUAAAUCAUUAGAUUCUUAAGAUUUGUUGUAUGCUAUCUAUAUUUUAUACAAUAUAGAUAUGAUGUACACGUUAGGAAAAUACUUUAUAUAUGAAAUGAUAUUGUUUUAUAUA